AUGGUCAAGAAAGCUGCUCCUAAGAAAUAAGAUACUAAAAAAGCUCCAAUUCGAAGAACGAGAACUAUAUAGGCUUUAAUAAAAGAUAAUGAGAAUAUUGUACAUGAGAAAUUAGGUUAGACUAGAAGUAAAAGUAAUGGUAAAUAACUAUUAUAAUACUUAGGUGUAUAAUAAAAAAAGAUUGCUAAGUAGACAUAAGAAGUGAAAUAAAAGAAAUUAAUUAAUGAAAAAGAUAAGAAAGAACCUAAAAAGAAUUUAAAUGAAAAAGAAGAAAAAUAAACAAUUAAAGAUGAUACAAAAUAAAAAUAAAAACAUGAAGUCUAAGUUGUUAAAAAUAAUAAAGAAACAAAUUAAAAAGUGAAACCUGUUUAAAAAAAAAUUAUAAGUAAAAAAAAAAGUACUCCAAAAAAAAGUCCUGUUAAAAAAAGUACACCUAAAAAAACUCCAGUUAAAGCUAAUACUACUAAAGAUGACAAAAAACCAUAAGUUGUGGAAAAGAAAAAUGAAAAAGAAGUUAGUAAAAGUGAAAAAAAAGUAGAAGAAAAAUCUGAAAAAAAAAUUAAAGAUAAAAGUGAAAAAAAAGUUUUAGAUAAAUCUGAGAAAAAAGAUAUUGAAAAAUCAGAUAAAUUAGGAAAUGAUAAAAUUGAUAAAAAGCCUGUUUAAAAAACAGAUAAGAAAAGUGAAAAAAAAGAAAAAAGUGGAUAAAAAGAAUAAUAAAAGGAAUAAUAAGAAUAAAAAUAAACAGAUUCUGUAAAAUUACCUAGAAGAACUGAAAGCAAAGCUGCAGCUGGGAUAGUUGAUGUCGUAUUUUGUGUAGAUACUACAUCCUCUAUGUCUUAAUAUUUAACUUAAACAAAAGUAAUUCUUUAUAAAAUAAUAUAGAAUACUGUAAAAGAAAUUAUUAAAAACAUUAAAAAUAAAGCUUAAAAUGAAGACAUUAGUGUUAAAUUUGGAUUUGUAUGUUAUAGAGAUCAUCCCCCUUAAGAUGUUUCAUAUAUAACUAAGAUAUAAGAUUUAUGUGGAGAAGAUGAAAUUAUUAAAUUUAUAGAUUAACAAGAUGCCAAUGGAGGAGGAGAUACACCAGAAGCUGUCUUAGAUGGAUUGUAUGAUGCAGCAAAAAAGAUUGAAUGGAGAGAUCCCACUAGAACACCUUCAUUAAGAUACAUUUUUCAUGUUGCUGAUGCUCCUCCUCAUGGUAAAGAAUUUACUGAUUAAUAUUCACAAUGGCCUAAUGGUGUUCCGUAUUAUUUAACAUAUAUAUAUAUAGAUCUGGUGUAAAUCUUGAUAAAGUUGCUCAUGUAAUCAACAUUAGAGAAAUUCAUUAUCGAUUGAUAAAUGUCAAUAAAACAAAUAUAUUAGACAAAAUGAAAAAGUUAUUUAAAGAAAAAUUUACUAAUUAUGAAGAAACUGAUUUGUCUAAUGCUAAAGAAAUGGAUUUUAAAGUUAGUGAUAUGAUCAUCAGAGAAUUAUUGCCAGAUGUCGAUUAUAAUGAUUGA